UUCUUAAAAAUAAAUAUAAAAAAGAAAAGAAAAAGAAAAACAUCCUCCUCUCUCUCUCUCUCUCCAAACUCAGCACCCCCAACCUGCGGUCUGCAAUCCCCAAAUUAGGGUUCUUAAAAUCCCCUUCAAAACCCUAAAUCUCAGAUAUCGACUCUUCACUUCUCUUACUCGGGUUCAAACUGUCAUUAAGUCGCCUUACCCCAAUAUCACAUGAUCAUACCCAAACCCACGCAUAUAUUUAUCGAUACCCCAAAAGAAAUAUUCCGUUUCUUUCUUUCCUUUUUUUUUUUUUUUAUCGCAGUUUUACAGUGUAAUAAUUCAUCAUGGAUGUGGAUGGGGGAAGACGAAUGUUCCAAAGGCUUGGAUCAUCGUCUUCGAGCGAUAGCAGCAGCAAUAAUAAGCAGCAAAAGGUGUGUUUUCAUUGGAGACAAGGGAAGUGCACGAGAUAUCCGUGUCCCUUUUUACACAGCGAAUUGCCCACAGCGGUCAAUGGUGGUAAGAGGGCACAUCAAGGGUUUGGGGCGGAGGAUAAUUAUCGCGGAGGUGGCGGAUUGAGGAGGAGUGGGAAUUAUAAUUUUAGUAAUAGUAAUACGUGGGGGAGGGUGCAAUCGCAGCAGCCUGGUAGUAGUAAUAGAACUGCUGUGAAGAAGAUUGAGAAAUUGUGUAAUCAUUGGGUACAAGGGAGCUGUAAAUUCGGGGAUAGUUGUAAAUUCUUGCAUCAGUGGUCUACAGGGGAUUGCUUUACCCUAUUGGCGCCGCUUGAGGGACACCAGCAGGUUGUUACAGGUAUUGCUUUGCCUUCGGGGUCUGAUAAGCUUUACACAGGGAGUCAAGAUGAGACUGUUAGAGUUUGGGACUGCCAAUCUGGUCAGCUGGCAGGCCUGAUAAAUUUGGGAGGUGCUAUGGGCUGUAUGUUAAGUGAAGGUCCAUGGGUAUUCGUGGGUUUAACAAAUCUUGUCAAGGCAUGGAACAUUCAGACAUCUACAGAGCUCAGUUUAAAUGGACCCGUUGGACAAGUCUAUUCCCUUGUGGUUGGUGGUGAUUUACUCUUUGCUGGUACACAGGAGGGGACAAUAUUGGCAUGGAAAUUCAAUGUAGCAGCCAACUGCUUUGAACCGGCUGCAUCACUCAAGGGUCACAGUCUUGCUGUUGUUACACUGGUUGUCGGAGGUAACAGAAUGUACUCAGGUUCCAUGGACCACUCUAUAAAGGUGUGGAGCCUUGAAACUUUGCAGUGUAUUCAAACUUUGUCAGGGCAUACAGAUGUUGUUAUGUCCAUUUUGUGUUGGGAUCAUUUCCUUUUGUCAGCUUCAUUGGAUAAAACUGUAAAGGUUUGGGCUGCAACUGAGACCGGUAACUUGGAAGUAACAUAUACCCACAACGAGGAACAUGGCAUACUCACACUGUGUGGGAUGCAUGAUUCAGAAGCCAAACCUGUGCUGUUCUGCUCGUGCAAUGACCACUGCAUCCGAGUCUAUGAUUUGCCAUCAUUUUCUGAGAGAGGAAAGAUCUUUUCAAAGAAAGAGGUUCGCGCCAUACAGAUUGGGCCAGGUGGCUUAUUUUUCACUGGCGAUGGAUCCGGUCAAGUUAAAGUAUGGAAGUGGUCAGCCGAACCAACCCCCAUAUCAUAGAAAGCAAACUUAUAGCAUCCAUUUUGUAACCCUCCGUGUUGUCCCCAUUUUAUUCUUUGUCAAUGUACAAGCUCACCAUGAAACAUGAGAAAAUGCCAGUUUUGAUUUUUUACAUUCUUCUUUUCCUUUUUCCUUCAGUAGUCAGGUUAGGUGAUCGAGUAUCUAAUCGUGCCUCCAUGUAAUGUGAUCAUAAUGGUUAUCUGAAUAAGUUUCUUAUGCAUUUCAGCCAUUUUAAGGUAAAUGAAAUGCCAUUUCAUUGCA